AUGGUGUGCUUUUAUUUGAUACCUAUAGCUGGAUCCUCUCUUGCAUGAGAAUAAAAGGACCUUUUAUUGCUCUAUAUAUACAUCCCUCCUUGCAAUUCUUUUCUUCACUUCUAAUUAAUUAAACAUUCCCUGAUUAAUUAAAAUUAAAUUAACAAACUUAAUAUGGCAAUUUCCAAGCUUUUCAUUGCUACUCUUGUCCUCUCUUUUCUUCUUCUUCAUGUGGUUCAAGCUCAGGAUGUGAUUGAGAGUAACGGUCCAAAGAGGUCUCUCCUUGGUAUAAAUUGUGGAGCAGCAUGUGUAGCUAGGUGUCGGUUAAGCAGCAGACCAAACCUAUGUCACAGGGCAUGUGGAACCUGUUGUGCUCGUUGCGGGUGCGUGCCACCGGGUACUUCCGGUAACCAAGAAAUGUGCCCUUGCUACUACAACCAGACUACCCACGGUGGCAAACGCAAGUGUCCUUAAAUUUUCUACAGCUAAAUGUAUACCAUUAUUGAUUUGACAUAUUGAUAGGGUGAAUACCCAACCUAUUCAAUGCUAGGCGUCCUAUGAACUUUAAGGUGUAUGAAGUUUCAUAUUGGAUUCUUUAAGCGAAACGAUAGAGACUCCAUUUAAUUUUCAAAUUCAUCUAGGCCAAAGGCAGACCUACGUCAAGAUAACUCUUCUUUGAAACACUUUGGUAG